AUGGGUGUCCCAGAAGACCACAAGGAGCCUUUGGGCAUCUCCUCCGCCCAGGCUACAUCCGACACCAACCUCGGCGAUGUGAAGGUCGCCGGUGGCGGCCUCGGGCGACGGGCCGAGUUCGAAACGCAGCGAGGCCUCUCACCACGACAUGUGCAGCUUAUGGCCAUCGGCGGAAGUAUCGGCACGGGGCUCUUCGUCGGUAUUGGCAGCGUCCUGUCGGAAGCAGGCCCCUUGUCGCUCGUCCUCGGCUACCUGUUCUGGGGCAUAUUGUUCGUGUGGCCCUGCUACCUGUGUGUCGCCGAGAUGUGCGCCUUUCUCCCUAUUCGGGGGACAAUAUUUGAGUUGGCAUCUCGCUUUGUUGAUCCUGCAUUGGGGUUCGCCAUGGGUUGGACAUAUUGCUUUGCCGGGACCAUGCUGGUCUGUGUGGAGUAUUCAGCAGUGGCCACAGUCAUCCAAUUCUGGAAUACCGAGAUCAAUCCCGCCGCAUGGAUCGCACUCGCAAUGGGUAUCUGUGUCUUCUUGAACGUUGUCGCCGUCAAGUGGUAUGGAGAAAGCGAAUUCGUAAUGGCCUCGCUCAAAGUCUUGCUCCUCAUCGGUCUUGUCAUGGUUACUCUCGUGACAAUGUGUGGUGGGAACCCUCAGAAGGAUGCAUAUGGUUUCAGGAACUGGGGCGGCGGUAAUUAUAUGAUCCCAUAUUAUGCCGAAGGAGACACUGGUAGAUUCCUGGGUUGGUGGUCUGUCGUUAUCUACGCAGGGUUCACGAUCGCUGGCCCGGACAUGCUGGCAAUCUCUGCUGGAGAGAUUCAGAACCCGCGGCAUACGAUUCCUCGCCUAGCAAAGUUGAUCUUCUACCGCCUUGUGGGAUUUUAUGUCAUUGGUGUCCUUGCUGUGGGAAUCAUCUGCUCCCCAACGGACCCUCGCCUCAUGGGAGCGAUUGAGGACUCCUCGGCUGGAGCGGCAGCAUCUCCCUGGGUUAUUGGAAUCCAGAACUUGGGCAUUACUGGGUUGCCUAGUCUCAUCAAUUUCUUGAUCCUUACCUCUGGAUUGUCAUGUGGAAACGCCUACCUGUAUUCGGCCUCUCGAACCCUGUAUGGUCUUGCACGAGACGGCCAAGCUCCCAGGUUCUUGCUUACCUGCACAAAAGCAGGCGUCCCUAUUUACUGUGUCACCGCCGUGUCUCUGAUCACCUGCAUCACUUUCCUCGUAUCAUCGAACAACACCGUCACCGUCUUCUACUGGUUCGUCGAUCUCACGACUACCGCACUCAUUGCGACAUAUACCGGCAUGUUGUGGACCUUUAUUGGCUGGUAUAGAGCAAGAAUGGCACAGCCGGAUGCGGUGCCUCUGUCGUCACUGCCCUACAUUGCACCGCUGACCCCGGGGGCCGCAUACUUCGCCUGUGGCCUCGGGUGCUUUACAUUGCUCUUCAUCGGCUUUGACAUCUUUGUGCCUUUCGACUACCAGGGCUUCAUCACGGACUAUUUCGCGGUGGCGUUUGGACCUUUCAUGUUUGUCCUCUGGAAGGUUGUCAAGCGAACAAAGUUCGUAUCAGCGGCUGAAGCAGACUUGCUCAGCCUCCUUGGUGGCAUGAGCUACCACUCGACAGCCCUCUACUACACCUCCAUCAACGGCCAUGUCCAGCAAAAACUAGGGGGCGCAGCCUCAGCUUCAAUGGUAAUGCACUCAUUCAACCACGCAGAGACUUCCGCGCUCUUCACCGCCGGGAACUGGGAUGCGGCGGCGGACAAGCUCAUCGCCGCUUCCAAGGGCCUCAAGUCGGCGGGCGCGCAGGGUCUCGCCAUCGGCUGCAACAUCGGACACAAGGUCGCGGAGCGAGUAGAAGCCGGGGCAGGCUUGCCCUUGAUACACAUCGCCGACGCUGCGGCGGAUGAGAUCAAGAAGAGAGGCCUCUCGAAGAUCGGCUUGCUCGCAACGAAAACCGUCAUGGAGGACGACUUCAUCAAGGGUCGCCUGAGCGAGAAGGCUGGGGUGGAGGUGCUGAUCCCGGAGCAAGAGGAGAUGAUAGCAUUGAACAAGGCCAUAUUCGAGGAGCUCAGUGCUGGGAUCUUCCGAGACGAAACGAGGGCGAGGACUGCCGCUGUUGUAGACGGGCUGAUCAAAAAUGGGGCCCAGGUUGUGCUUCUGGCCUGCACAGAGUUACAGUUUAUCGUGAGGGCUGAGGAUGUUGCAGUACCUCUUCUGGACACCAUGGAGCUGCACGCCAAGGGAAUAGCAGACUGGGUGCUGGCUGAAUGA